AAACUAUAAACAAAAGAAGCAAAAUUUUGCUUAGUUUCUCAUUUCCAAGAGAGAAAGAACCAAACUUUGAUAGCAUUCUCUGAUCCUCUCUCUCUCUAAAUUUCUCCCUCGUUCUCUCUCUUCACUUCUUGGAUUCUUUUAGGCUUUCUAAGCAGUGAAAGGUACCCAAAAAAGUGAAACAAGAACAAGAAGGGUCUUUUUGUUGGUGUUAAUGGAGGAUUCUUCAGGAACUGAAUUAUAUGAUAUAUUGGCUUCAAGAAAAGCUGAAGAAGCAGCAUGGCGAAGAUAUCAAGCGGCUUCAUGGCUUGAAAAUCUCAUGGGUCCAAUAGGCAUAUCAAACAAUCCAUCAGAGAAAGAGUUCAUUUCUCGCUUGAGAAAUGGCUUGGUUCUUUGCAAUGCUAUAAAUAAAGUUCAUCCAGGGGCAGUGCCUAAGGUGGUGGAGAUUCACGCACCUUUACUACCAUUAACCCGAGAAUCCCAGCCAUUACCAGCCUAUCAGUAUUUUGAGAAUGUAAAGAAUUUUCUGGUGGCUGUUGAAGAGUUGAGGCUGCCUGCCUUCGAAGCUUCUGAUCUUGAAAGGGAUUCUUUGGAAGCGGGGUCGGGGACUAAUGUGGUUGAUUGCAUCUUAGCGCUUAAAUCAUACCAUGAGUACAAGCAGAUGAACCCUAAUGGAUUCUAUAAGCCUGCUAGAUCUCCUAUGGUUAUUCAUUCUGCUAUCAGGAACAAUUCUCAACCCAUCUCAUCAGACUCAUGUAGGCGUUUGGACAUGUCUGCGGCCUGUGAAAAAGAGCCACCAACAGGUUCAGAAUUGAAGAAAAUUGAAGAUUUAAUUGCCAAGAAACUGGCUGAGCAUAUGGCUGAUACCAAGGAAAACAUGGAUAGCAACUUUCUCAUGUCCCUCCGUACUGGCAACAACAUGGAUCCAAUGAAGUUGUUCAGUGAUAUCCUGUUAAGCUGUUUAGGGGAUAAGCUUCAAAACAAGUUCCCAGAGUUGAAAUCAACAGCUAAAGGUGGUAGCUUACCUGCUCAUUCAUCAAUAAAGCCUAAGGAGGAUUCGUCUGAACCAGGAGAUUCUAAGUGUUGCCAAGCUUGCUUAAGAAAGGGCAACUGCAACCACAGACAAUUAAUUCAAAUGCAAGAAAAAGAACUUCUGGAUAUAAAGGCCUUGUUGACGUUGACAAAAAGGGAGUUCCAGGGCCUACAGUCACAACUGCAGACAGAUUUGAGAGAACUCGGAAUUCAAGUACAAGAGAUGUCUACUGCAGCUCUUGGAUACCAUAGGGUAUUGAAAGAGAACAGGAACUUGUACAACAUGGUUCAGGAUUUGAAAGGAAAUAUCCGAGUUUACUGCAGAAUCAGGCCUGCUUUCGGUGAUAGAACAAGCAAUGUUAUUGAUUAUUUUGGAGAUGACGGUUCGCUAGUGAUUUCGGAUCCACUAAAGCCCCAAAAGGAUGGAAAGAAAGUUUUUCAGUUUAACCGGGUGUUUGGACCUACUGCCACUCAAGAUGAGGUAUUUAUGGACACUCAACCACUGAUCAGGUCUGUGAUGGAUGGUUAUAAUGUAUGCAUUUUCGCUUAUGGUCAAACUGGAUCUGGAAAAACAUAUACCAUGAGUGGUCCAUCAGGCCGGUCAACCAAGGAUAUGGGGAUUAAUUAUCUAGCUUUGAGUGAUCUCUUCCAGAUGUCUAAUGAAAGGAAGGACAUCGUAAAUUACAGCAUUCAAGUUCAAAUGGUUGAAAUUUACAAUGAACAAGUACGAGACCUUCUUGCAGAAGAUUCAACAGCUACCAAAUUAGAGAUUCGGAGUUGUACCGGUGAUAAUGGCUUGAGCCUUCCGGAUGCUAAAAUGCAUUCUGUGAAGUCCACUGCAGACGUUCUUAAUCUGAUGAAACUCGGUGAAGCGAAUCGUGUUGUCAGUUCCACUGCACUCAACAACCGGAGCAGUCGUUCCCAUAGUAUCCUGACAGUUCAUGUACAUGGUAAAGAUGUAUCUGGAAGCACCCUCCACAGUUGCCUCCAUUUGGUAGACCUUGCAGGAAGUGAAAGAGUGGAUAAAUCAGAAGUUACUGGAGAUAGGCUCAAAGAGGCGCAGUACAUUAACAAGUCUCUCUCCUGUCUAGGAGAUGUAAUCACAGCCUUGGCUCAAAAGAAUUCUCAUAUCCCUUACAGAAACAGCAAACUCACACUUCUACUACAAGAUUCCUUAGGGGGACACGCUAAAACGUUAAUGUUUGCCCAUUUAAGUCCAGAAGGAGAUUCUUUUGGUGAAACCAUCAGUACUUUGAAGUUUGCUCAGAGGGUAUCAACUAUUGAACUCGGUGCUGUUCGUGCAAACAAAGAGAGCGGUGAGAUUAUGCAACUCAAGGAUCAGGUUGAGAACCUCAAGAAAGCAUUGGCCAGCAAGGAAGCGAAGAAUGUGCAGUUUAAUAAAUUGAAGGACCCAAGAUCUCCAUGUGAGAUACCUAAAGUGAUGCCUGAGCGAACUCCUCCACGUGCACGGAGGCUGAGUAUUGAGAAUGGCAGCAGCAGGAAGUCUGAGAAAAUCACGAAUACUGAAGAUAGAAAGGCAUCAAAAACCCCUUCUGUGCCAACUCGUUCCAAAAGAUUAAGCUUGGAAGGGCCAAAUUAUGACAAGAAAGAGCAUUUCCAGGCAAAAGGAGCAGAUGAUGUAAGCAGGCCCCUACGUUUUGACUCGGUAACACUGCAGAAACAUGGUUUUAUUCAGGAUGCAGAGGCACUGUCAAAACCAUUUGGGCAUUCUGCUAGUGGCAGUUCCUCGGUGGAAGUUUAUCGCCUCAAUAAUUCUCGAAGUCCUACUAGUUUGUAUCAGAAGAGAACGAUCAAAACAGAUAAUAGUAGGACGCAAAUUCCAACUCUUCAGCUACCAAUAACACCAGAGCCGCAAGUAAUUUCCAGAAAUGCAGAGGCAGUGUCAAAACCAUUAGGGCAUUCUGCUAGUGGCAGUUCCACCGUUGAAGUUUAUCGCCUCAAUACUCGAAGUCCUACUAGUUUGUAUCAGAAGAGAAUGGUCAAAACAGAUAACAGUAGGACGCAAAUUCCAACUCUUCAGCUACCAAUUACACCAGAACCGCAAGUAAUUUCCAGAAAUGAGGUUAAGAUUCUGAUGCAGAGUGAACUUGGUGUUUCUACAGAUUCUCAGGCAGCCAAUCUUGUUCGUAGCACUCAUGGAAAAGGAUCUCAAAUAAGGAAAUCCCUUCGUACGAUUGGAAAACUGAUUAACGGCUCCGAUAAGAGGAAUCAGCAGAUUUCAAAGGAAGAAUUCUCACCUAUCAUUGGCAUAUGCAAUGACACUGAUCUAAAGACACCACUUACAACCAAUGCCAGGACUCUAAGAAGGCAAUCUCUUACAGGAGUUCAAACAUCAACAUCACGCAGAUCUUCUCUUGGAGGAAAGCCUAUUGAACCUGAUGACCCUAGAAGGAAUGCCAAGACGCCCCCUCCAGUCCAUCCCUCAACAAAGUUGACAAAACGAUGGCUUUAGGUCAACACGUCUGAUUGACAAAACUCUAGAAGGAAUGCCAAGGUGCAACUGACACUGAUGGCUGUUCUAUCAAGCUAAUUGAAGAAGACAGCAAUGAUGCUUCGGCUCGAAGCACACUGCCAUCUCAAGUUAGGAGGGAGACACACUUACAUGUCAAUGAGAGUUUUGCUGAUAGACUGUGUCAGGAUUACAUGUACAUGCCAAAAAAAAUGCCAGAGAGGGAACGAAGUGUAACCUGAUUCAUAAUUGAAAUGCUUGUUCUCAAA